UGAAGAACGACGCGUGAUUAGUUGUUUGUUGUGUGGCUAUGGUAAUACGCGAGCGUGACGUUCGACGCGCGAUCGCUGAAAUCCUCGGUCGACUCCAGCAACCAUGGUGGAGAUCUCAUCACCCCGAGUCAAUUCUGCACGUCUAGUUGCGUUUGUGGGACGUACGGUAAGAGUUCCGUGCAAGGUGCUCAAGUUCCAGGGCUCUUCAGCGAUUGUCGAGGCUUGCGAUGGCGGUAACAUCGAGGUACGACUGAGCCCGAGUAACGAGCUCACUGCAACCUAUGUUGAAAUCAUUGGUCAGGUCUUGGGGGACGCCACUAUCAAGUUUCUGGGUGCGAUCAGCCUGGACUCCGACAAGGAACUGGAUAUGAAGCUGGUGAACGAUGUCGUCGAACUAACGUUCGAUCCACGAUUCAAAAAGAUGUUUCCGCAAUGAACUACGUUUCCAUCAAUACCU